CCAAUCCAGGCCAGUCAUGUCAAACAUUUUUAGCAGUGUGUGUGUCUAGACAUUGUUCUUCGUUAAAAUUCAUGUUUUCGUAGAAAUAAAUCACGUAAUCAACCUAUUAAAGAGAUCAUCGAAUGGCAAACAUGUUUCAAUUCGGGUUCAAUAUGUUCCCGGAGAUUCCGCGGCCGUUUAAUACCCAGUAUAAAUGCUUCUCAGUGUCUAUGUUGCCUGGGACUUAUCGUCAAGACGUUGAACGUGGUGGCAAGAUAAUCAUGCCACCAUCUGCUCUGGAACAGUUAACUAGGCUCAAUAUCAUUUAUCCGAUGCUGUUUAAGUUAACCAAUAAGAAGACAAACAGAAUCACCCACUGCGGUGUACUUGAAUUUAUAGCGGAUGAAGGCAAAGUCUAUUUACCUUAUUGGAUGAUGCACAAUCUUUUGCUAGAAGAAGGUGAAUUGCUGAAUGUGGAGAGUGUAUCAUUGCCGGUAGCAACAUUCUCACGCUUCCAGCCACAGUCUGAAGAUUUCUUGGACAUCACAAAUCCAAAAGCUGUGCUGGAGAACGGCUUACGCAGCUUUGCUUGCUUAACUACAGGCGAUGUGAUUGCGAUUAAGUAUAAUCAAAAGAUCUAUGAGAUGUGCGUACUGGAGACCAAACCUGGUUCAGCCGUCAGUAUCAUUGAGUGUGACAUGAAUGUAGAGUUUGCACCGCCAAUUGGCUAUAAAGAACCAGAGAGGAAAGUGAAGAAAGAGAAGGAUGAGUUGGAGGAUCUGGCUGAUUUGAUGCCGGCACCAACUGGAUUUGUACCUUUCAAGGGUGAAGGCGUCCGAUUGGAUGGUAAGAAGCGCAAGGAUACACCCCAAAAGGAAACCUUGGCUGCUAAGCCAACUUACAUACGAGGAAUACCUGAUUACGAUUAUCAGAUAGGUUCUCUCAGAUUUCUACGAAACAUGAAGCCAGUGAAUAAUAAGGAAAUAAAGGAUCCAGACGAGUUUAAAGCGUUCACUGGCGAAGGAUUCACUCUUCUGAGGAAAUCAAGAAAAUGAUAAAGUAAUAAUCAUUUUAUUUUAAUUUAUAAAUAAAUUUUUGUGGGCGUUUGUCGGAUUGAAUGAAUGAUUUGUAAAAAUGUUUUGUUGCAAUGAUAUCCGUCAUUUGUUACAAAAAUAUGAUAAAUAUUACUUAUGCGAUUAAAGGAUAGUCAAUUUUUCAUUUCAAUUAUUGACACUAUUUGGAUGUUAUUACUAUCUUCAUAAGAUAUAUGCAUCCUUAUUUUCUAAUCACAUGUUUCUGAUAAAUAAAAAAACAAACAUUA